AGAGGGUCCUGAUGACAUCACAUCCUCUCCUAUAAGUUACGCUGCCUCCAAAGUUCAGUGACAAAGAUCAGCCGCGCUGCGCUGCACCGCCCCGAGGACGAUGGCCGGGUCUCCUGCACUGCUCCUCCUGCUCAGCCUGGGGCUCUGCUGCACCGGCGCCCAGCGACAGAGGGAUGCAGUGGUGGUCAGUUUCAACAGGAAUAUGAAGCACCCCCAGCAGGGACAGCGGCUGGAGCUGGAGUGCCGCACAUCCAGAACCACAUGGGGAGCAUCUUGGGUCCGCAUGGACAACAGUGGCAACCUUCACUUCAUUGUCUCCAGUAAUUCUCCAUACAACACAGUUUUUCAUGAGUAUAAGAGAAUAUCUCAGCGCUUUGAGGUAUCAUGGAGAGAUAGCUCCCCUUGGCUGGUGGUGAAGUCCUUCACGGCACAGGACCAGGGGAUCUAUUUCUGCAUCACCAACGUCAACCAGGUGCUGCACUUCAGCUCUGGACAACCCGCCUUCUUCCCAGGCAGAACAGCAGCAGCACCCAACACACCCACUGCCACCAACAAGAGCAGCCAAGUCACCAGAAAGGACAGCUAUGGACACAGCCUGGAUCCAGGCACAAGCAAGGAGAACACAAUGAAUUUCUGCUGUAAAUUCCUCCUGUCUGUUAAUGUAAUUUGCACCUGCCUCCUGNAAGAACAGCACACAACAGGGCCCGGAUGCAGGAACAAGCAAUGA